UGCUGCAGGGCACCGCCCAUUCUCUGUCGGCAGGAGCCCCCUCCUCGCGACUACGGCGGUUCCAUCUCCCCCACUGGGAAAAUUUACUCACACAUUGUGUGUAUUACAAAGGUUUAAUAAAUAUCCCUUUAAGACCGAAACCUGGCCGCCGUCUUCAACAUUUACGCGGUCAAAGCAGAGGAUUUUUGUUUUGCUGGAAAAGGGUACAGGCGCCGCGGAAACUAUGCUCUACCAGUCAUGUAUUGGUAGAGCUCGCAUGGAAACGCGGCCCUCAAAGGAACAUACGCGAUGCGCGUGUGUGUGGUCACCUAAUCCUGAGGAGGUCCAAGGGAAAAGAAGGGACAGGCCAAAAAGGCAAACAACGAGGACAAAUAAGGCUCUCGGGACUAACUCCGGAUAAAUUCACAAACAGGGAAGUAGAUAUCAAUAUAUAUAUAAUCAAGGUACACGUGUAUUUAAUUUUUCUAAAUUUCAGCCACUAUUGGGCCGGGCCUGGAGGCAAUGACAGCCCGGGCGGAAGGCUUCUCGCCGGAGGCCAGCAGUGAUCCGGAUCUCCACACGGGAAAACGGCGCUCUCCGGUGAGUUAUGCAAUGGCAGUCCGAGAUUCGGCUGCCAGACAAAUGGCGAUCCUUCUCAGCGCCGCAAUGCGACCGCUGGAAGUUCCCGAGAGGAGGAUGACGCGGUACGCCGGAACGGACUCACCGGGAAAUGUGGACGUCGUCGUCGACUGGGAAAGGCUCCUCUUGCUGGUCGCUGAUACGGGUCGAACGGACACCGUUUGCUGGGCAGCCAAGUCGGACUCGCAGCUGCAUCUGCCUUGAUUGUUGGACAGUAUGGCCGCGACUAUCACGAUAUCUGCUGAUCAUCGCCCCCCGCCAUAUUACAUGGCCUCUCUCAGCAUUGGGUCAUUGGAUACAUGGGCCGUUUGAAGUAAUCCCAGAGCGAACCGGGAUUAAUCUUCAAAUGGCCAGAUCGCCCGCCAGACUCAUCCCGCUGCUGCAGCUAUCGACCUAACCUAUCGAUAACGUCGCUCCCACUCGACUCCAAUUGCAACAAACAAAUUAUAGCUUCGGUGUUUUUUGACAUAUUAUAUUUUACUAUUAUGGGGAAUAU